CAACGAAAAGAGAGGAGCGGUGUGAAGGGGGGUCAAAGCCACUGCACAUACCUCUAAGCUAAGCCCACACAUACUCUUACUCACUCACACACACGCACACACAGCGAGAGGAGCAGCAGCAGAAGAAGAAGAAGAAGAAGAAGCAGCAGCAGAGGAGAAGGCACACAAAAUAAAGGAUAACGACGGAAAACCAAGAAAGAAAUCGAAAUUAAAAUAUAAGCCUGAGGGAAAGGGAGGCGGUGGUAGCAAUUUUCGGCUGUCGCUGUAAUUCGACGUUCAUCUCCUGCUCUACUUUGCUCUCUUUCUCCUCGCACUCUCUCUCUCCGCUUUCUCUUCGCGGCUCUGCUCCUCUCCAGUUUCGUCAAGUGAAAACAUUUCGUUUGGGCUUCGUCAAGUUUUGUAGGUAUUUUGGCUACACGAAAAUACACAGCGCCUUCAUCCUGCUCGUUUCGUGGCGAAAAAAGGAAAAUCUCGAUCUUUCCAGCCUAAAAUCACUAAAAAACACACCGAAAAUUCCUCUAAAAUAUAGUGAAAAGUGAUCCUUUAAUAAUAAACGCUAUUGGUUUCUGAAAUAUAUGAAAAAGCAGGCAUAAAACGAACUUUUUUUCGGUGGGCCGCGAAAGGCGUUGCCAAUUCAAAGGCUACAGGAUAAAACAACAAAUCCCUAACUAGAAAUCAAACUAAAUCCUAAUCACAGGCACUGAAGUAAAAGGAAUCACCUAAAAAAUUAACGAUAAUAUCAACUGAAAAUAUACAAAAAUUAAUCAUACGCACCGUUUAAAAGCACCAAGUGAAAAACUGACUAAAAGCAAAUACCACAAGGAAAAAAGCAAAGCAAAUAAAGGACAAACAAAGAAACAAAACUCUUCAGAGACGGAGCAAUAGCAGCAGCAUCAGCAAGAACAUUCUGCUGCAUAAAUAAUACACUCGACACACGCAUACGUAUACGCCAUAUAGGCCAGGACAUACCAUCAGGAUAGCACACAGACAAACUCACACACACACACAGAUACGGGGACGGUCAGGACGUGCUCCUGUUCUAUUAUUUAACUGCUUUCAACGUCAGCAGCACUUUCAACCCGACGAAAGUCGAUUGAAAGCCGCCUUCAACGGCCCAGCAUCCCUCGCUCACCGAAAAAUAGAGAGCGACUCCUUUUGUUAGCCACUGUGUGCGUGUGCUGCUGUGGCUGUGUGUGUGUGCGUGCGUGUGACAGCAGGAGCGACGUCAACGUCAAUCCGCUCAAUAUUUAUACAUUGAAACGAGUCUCCUGGCCAACAACACGAGUCGCGGCCCUCACAACGCAGACGCUCCUGGUCCUCCGCUUGGGCCCAAAAUAAAUAACAUCUGACAGCUGCCCGAAUCCUCAAAAGCACUUAACGGGCACAGGGACAAAAAAGGAAGGAAGGCGAGCCCAAGCGAGUAACGAAACAAUUUCCAUAGGAAAACAUCAACCAAACUGAACGCGAUCUUAAAGCAAAAACAAAACAAUGGGCGCCAAGGAAAGUGUCGAGGCAGCCGCCAAAAUGAACGCCGAUGGUUGGGGCCAUGUGGAGCGAUCAAGUCGCUACCACAACCAUCGGCACAACCAGCGGUCACAGUCGCUGAACCGCGGACAGGCGCUCUCGCAGGCGGACGUGAGCGGCAUGUGGUGACAUCGGGGUGCCUCUGGUAAAGGAUCUGCGGCGAGCUGCGCCAACUGCGCCAUGGG